AUGUGUCGCUUCCUGAUCUACUCCGGCCAAAGCCCGAUCCUCCUCUCGCACCUCAUCACGAGUCCGACGCAUAGCAUCCUCACGCAGAGCUAUGACUCCCGGUUGAGACUCGACCAGACGCGGCCGCAUAAUGGGGAUGGGUUUGGGGUCGGGUAUUACACCGCGCAGGCGAGUGGACGGCGAAGGAGGAAGAGGAGCGAGGAGGGAGAGCUUGCGGGAGAGGAGGGGGAGGAUGUUGUGGACCUAGGCCCGGAGCCUUGCAUAUUUACGUCGACGAUCCCGGCGUGGAAUUGCAGGAAUCUGGAGCGGUUGGCGAGCAAGACGGUGUCGCCGUUGGUGUUUGCGCAUGUGAGGGCGAGUACCGAGGGGGCGUUGAGUGAUAGCAAUUGCCAUCCUUUCUCGCGCGGGGCGUUGAUGUGGAUGCAUAAUGGCGGGAUAGGAGGGUGGAAGUUGGGGGUUAAGAGGAGGCUUGUGACGGAUAUCAGUGAUCGGUGGUUUGAGGGCGUGCAAGGGGCGACGGAUAGCGAGUGGGCGUUCGCGCUGUUUCUGGACUCGCUGGAACAGGAAGGCGUGGAUGCGGAUGAUGAGGUGAAGCAGCGGGAUGGGUUUGGACAUACGGUGCUGAGAAAGGCGAUGCUCAGGACGAUUGCGAGGAUCAACGGGUUCAUCAAAGCCUUGCCUGCGAGCGCGAGGGAGGGCAACGACGUGCGAAGUCUCCUAAACUUCGCCGUCACCGACGGCAAAAGCGUCGUCUGCACGCGCUACGUCUCCUCCAAAACCGACGACGCCGCCUCCCUCUUCUUCUCCUCCGGCACCAACUGGCGCCAACAACCCUCCCCGUUCGGCCCCGGCAUCAAGCCCAAAAUCGGCAAAGGCGAAUACAAAAUGGAGCGCAUGGACAAAGGCGCCGAUAUCGUGCUCGUCGCCUCGGAACCGCUGACGUUCGAACGCGAUAAUUGGGUUACAGUGCCCACGAAUAGUGUGUUGACGAUCCAUAAUCAGAAUGUGUUGAUCCAUCCGAUUUUGGACGAGCAUUAUAAUUUUGAGGCGAAUUUUGUGAGGAGUGGGAGGUUUGCGGCGGAUAAGGGGCAGACGGCGGGGGAUGGGUUGGUUGGGGAGGCGGGGUUGAAGGGUGUGGUGGAGGGGAUGGGGGCGUUGGCUGUUGCGGCUUGA